GAAAUGAAGACAUUCAACAUAGGGGUGCACAAGCUCAUAAAGCAGAGUAAAAGGCCUUCGUUCUUCCAGAAAUUAAGUUAAGCAAAUGUAAAUCAGCAUUUUCAGGGCACAUGGAGAAAAGAAGGAACACCAGCUCACCUCCAACAGACAUGCCAAGUAGAGGACUUCCGUAACAGUAAAAGGCAGGGGCCAAGGCUCAGAGCCUUUGCACAAGAAACGGCCCAGGAGCCCAAAUGGACUAAGAAGACACCAGCUUCCAACAUGUUUGGGGAAGCCCCCAGUUGACAAGAAGUGUGGUUCCGUAGUUAUUGUCACAAAGUAUCCCAAAGCUGAUCUUCUCCAUCCUGAAUGUUGCACUGGGACCCUCACCCUCGCCAGAUCUCAGUCCCAGCAGUGAGAGAAAGUCCAGUCCCUGCGAAGAUCUGUGAUUAGAUGACUGAACCCGCUCUCUGCCCAUGACGCAGGUGACUUGCAGGAUUAGUUGGUGACCCACAGAGCCACACACACAGCUGGCCCAGGAUUUGGAGAAGCAGAUGGAGAAGACUGGGCUGGAGCAAGAGGGACAGUGGACUCACAGCUGCCACACACCAACGAGCCCUGACUAUCUGAGAUCGGCCGAGAUGACUGAGGUGAUGAUGAACACCCCAUCCAUGGAGGAAAUUGGCCUCAACCCCCGAAAGGAUGGCCUUUCCUAUCAGAUCUUCCCUGACCCGUCAGACUUCGACCGCUGCUGCAAACUGAAGGACCGUCUUCCCUCCAUCGUGGUGGAGCCCACAGAGGGGGAGGUAGAGAGCGGGGAGCUCCGGUGGCCCCCCGAGGAGUUCUUGGUCCAGGAGGAUGCGCAGGGUAACUGUGAAGAGACACCGAACGAAGACAAGGAACAGUAGAGUCCACGCCGGCUCCCACAGGGUCACACCAGACAGCAUCUGUACCUGAACUGUGUUCUUUCCCGCUACCAUGGAAGGAGAGCAUGAGCCACAGUAGUUCUGAAAAAGUCAGAUGAUGGCUUCCGUUUUGCACCUGCAAAUCACUGAGUUGGUUUUCUUUUCUUUUCUUUUCCUUUUUUGAGAUGUCGGGCAGCGGAGCCCUCUGCGACAACAUGCCAGACCUUUGAGAAAGGAAGCUGCUUAGAGCAGGGGUUGGGGGGUGUGGGGAGGCGGGCGUCUUGGAGAUCUUUAUCUGAACUCAAGCAGGCCUGGGGCAGCCGUGGGAUUCCAGUGGGCUCUGGGGGUGGGGUGGGGUGGGGGGAUGUGCAAAGCUAGCAAGGAACGUCUGGGACAAGAAAACAAACAGGAGAUGAAAGAGAAAAUACACAUUUUAAAGAAAACAUUGAGCAGAGAAGUGCAGCCAGGAAGUACCUACCCAGCAAGCAUUCGCUCUGGCUGCUGGGACAUCAGACAACAAAGUCUUCAUCUCUCUCUAGUUUUGCCCGCUGCCAGCCUUUGUUUUUGUUUCAGGUGUGUUGGUCUAUAACGGGGAGGCAGGCAGAGGAGAGCAGUGGAGGCUGGCUACCUGCAAAGCCAGCUGGAGGUGAUGCCGAUGCCAGGAACGCCUCCCGUUUCCUUCUCCGGACCCUCCCCUCAGGCCCUAGCAGGUGCGCGUGGCCCUGUAAUCUGGAGGUUUUUAAAGAGGCUGCAAUGUUGAGCGCUCCCCUGAUUUAUCCUUUUUGCCCCCCAGCCCUUCUGGAAGUAGCGAGAGCCCUUCCCACCCUUGUUGGAGGGCCGAUGGAGAUGCUUGGACACCCAGGUCCAUCCCCACCUGCUCCCCCCAGACUUGCUUUCCCUUUGGGCAGAGGCACAGAGUGGUGGGCUCCCCCAGGCUGGCCCUUCCUCCUCCUCGUCUCCACCCUCCCAGCCCUGGCACAGCGGUCAGGCCGGGUGGCUGCCAGCCCUGCCGCAGAUUCCAGCCAGCCUGGCCUGCCACAGCACCCAUUCCCACGUGGGAUCUUGGCCUCUUUUUCCGGUGGGAGCUGAAUGGCGAACGGAGGAGGCUUUUUCUGUUUUGUUGUGGGGGAAGUGAGCUUUAACGCAGGUCCUGAGAGCUGGCAGAGCCUGGGAGUUAUUGGAUGGCAGUGACAGGCUCUCAUGCAGCAGCCUGGGGAUUGAAUUUGAAACUAAAGGGUGUCAUGAGAUCUUGGGCUUCUUCCACGGUGUUCCUGGAUGCAGGGGCGAGGAUGAUGGCGCAUCAUCCCUCCUCACCUCCCACCUGACCCCUGCAAGGGCAAGUUGCAAGAGAAGGCUAGCUUGGACUUAGAGCUUCUCGUCAUAGUUAAGAACCAUCUGGAGCUGCAAAGAUUGCAGGACGAGCCCUUCCAACCAUCUCUAUCUCAGAGCAGGACGGUGCAGUCAAGAGGUGAGCUCAAGACCCUCCCUGGGGCUGAACUCGGCCAACGGAGGCACCCACCAUGUCCCCUCAGGGCUCCAGUCAGUCCAGCUUGAUCCCAGUUGGGACAUGAGUGUAGAGUUGUACUUAAUACCUCAAGGUUAGUGUGGCUCUGGAGAACGCUGGUGCAGGAGGCCCAGCGUGUGCUGUUGUCGCAUCAGCAGGACUUGGUCCUGGGAAGCCACUGCUCACCCCCUCACCCCUCUGCCCCCAACCUCUGUGUUGUCUGCUUGUGUUGCACACACCGAUGGCAAUAACUUCCUCCAGCUCCUCGAGCAAGUGGGAGGGGCCUGCAGCCUGCCCUGCGAGGGGGCUUCUCACUCUCCCUCUCCUUCUGUUUUGGCUGCAGGGAGCCUUUCCCAGUUACCCUCACACCCCCGCAGCUGCAGUUCUCAUCCCGUGCCUCCCUGUGUGGAUGGGGUCUUGCCUUUGAAAAUCCCAUGUUUCUGUGUCCCCCUCUCACCUGCUCCCCUGUAUCAUCUGUCCUGGUCUUGCCGUCUGAUGGGAACGUGCUUGUAAACUGCAUAACAAAUCUACUUUGUGUAUAUGUGUGUUUAUGGGGGUGGUUUAUUAUUUUUGCCGGUCGCUAGACCCCUUUGUAUGGUCACGUGGAGUCUGAGCAGGCCAGGGGCUGACAGCUUAAGUCAGGACCCUCAGUGGCGAGCCUCUUGGGGCGACCCAGCUGCUCUUGGACAAGUGGCUGAGCUCCUGUCUGGCCUCCUCUUUUUUUUUUUUCAGUAACUUGUGUGUAUUUCUAACUGAUGCUAUUGAAACAAAACAAAAAACCCCCUAGUAUUUCAGUAAAAAUGCCUGUUGUAAGAUGAACCUCCUGUAACUUCUAUCUGUUCUUUUUUGAGGCUCAGGGAGAAACUAGCAUUUUUUUUUCCAAACUACUUUUUGUCACUGUGACAGUUGUAAAUAAAGUUUGAAAAUGCUUUCCA